AUGGCAACGACGAACACUUCAACAACAACUUCAAUGCCAAGUACAACAACAACUUCAAUGCCAACUACAACAACAACUUCAAUGUCAACUAUAACGACAACUGCAAGAACUACUCAGCAACUAGGUAAGCAUUAUAUUAACACUUCUUGAUCUUGACUAUCGCUAAUUUCUAAUGAAGUAUAUAUAGUUCUUUUAUAUGCAAUAUUACUCUGCAGCUAGUUAAAGGUAGUAUUGAUAAGAUCAGCAAUCUUAUAUUAUGAGUGAUUAAAUCUUUAUCAUAAGGAAAAAAAAAUCAAUUAAUAGUAAUCCCCAUGUUGAUUAUUUUUCGUCACUAUUGAAUUUUACUUCGUUUUAUUGAUAUCUACAAAACGAAAUCCAUCCUUUCUUCUUCGUUUGGUACUACGAUAUAUGUUGCCUUUCAAAACAAAGAUGCUUUAUUUCAAUUUCAUAAAACAUUUAACUUUAGAUAUUAUAAAAAUGCACUAUAUUCUAAAGGUGUUCUCCCUUUCGUCCCUAUCUGAAUUCAGACAAUCUUAAAGUCUGGUGUCUCAAUUCUACUACAAACUUUUUUUGAAGCAUUUUAUUCAUAGUUUUAGCUAAUCAAGAUUGCAAAGAGCUACUUUUUAAUUUUCGAUAAAGAGUAAAUAUUACACUGUCGAAUGAUAUAAGAUUAGUGGAAAACUAAUUAGUUGAUCAUUUAGAAGGACCGCUAGAGUAGACCUAGAGAAAAUUUUGAUUCUUAUAUGCGCUUCAUAUAUAUCACUUACUAUAUAUAAAUCAACUAAAGGUACUUGACGUAUGCAGAAACAUAUUGACUCGUGUCCUAGAGGAUCUUUAGUAAUGACUCACUAAAAAUACAUAAGAUAUUGAAAUAAUUUAAAAACAGCGUUCUAACGAUUUCUUUAACACGUUAAAUUGAGUAUUUUUAUUUGUUUUCAGCGCAAAUUUCACGACUGUUACCGUGUUGCAAGGCUAAAACACAUAUUAACGCCGAAAUAUUCGUUAAGAAAACAUAGUUUUAUUCGUAUUUUCUCGUUCUUUUUAAAGCAAUUGAACGCGUUUAGAUGAAGAAUCUUUAUUCCAAUUACUUGUAUUCAUAUGAACACAUCUGACAUGAAAAUUAUUAUUUAUAGACUACUCUGGGUUUUUUUUACCAGAAUGACACGUCAAUUUUUGAACAAUCAUUAAAAAACGAAUAGGAUAUUCUUAAAGACGUGCGACUACUUUUUUCUCUUCAUAUAUGUGCGAGUUGAUACCUCCCCUAGUGAAUGUACUGAGUCAAGGGUACCCGAAAAAGUACCCUGCUACUAGUAUGUCCGAGGGUGUGUUGGGUACUAAAGUACCUUAUCGGGUACCCUGCUACAAAAUGUUCAGUAAAUUGGUACUUGAAGGUACUGAUCAAAUACUCAACUGGGUACUGUUGCACAGUAUUUUUAGGUGCCCUGUUGCCAAAAUUGCAGUAUGUUGAUGAUCGAACCUAACCUUUGACUUCUUUCAUUUUUGUUCCUCUCAAAGCAAUUUAUGACAUUUUUUCGAUUUUAUUUAAUUUAAUUUUUCCAAUUCUGAAAGUUCAAGCACGUCAAAUUUCAGAAUCUGACUGGACCUGAGUUGAUUAGAUCUCCACCAGACCACUUCAGGUUAGUCCUCUCUCAAUUUACGAUCGAGGUCGACAUGUUCUUGACUAGUAAAUAGUCACGAAAUAAUCUAGAAAAAAUUAGUAUGAAAAAAUAUUAAUUUCUUAUGUUUUGUCGAGUUGUUUAUAUGAAGCCGUGUGUGCAAAAAAACGGUGAAUGAACAGUUGCUACACAGAACACGAUAAAUCUAGGAUACCCUGUAGAACGUUCCUCAGUAAAAUUACAGGUGCGGGUACCUAUACAAGUACUUGUUUAGUAAACAUACUGCAAUAGAUACUCAAUGCAGUACCUACAUCAGUAUAAUUACUGAAACUUUUCGAAGUACCUAUAUCGGACACCAUGCUGAGGCUUUCUCAGUACAUGGAUACUCUUAGCUCAGUACUUCCACUAGAGUCUUUGUCUUAUUUAUUUGUUUACUUUGUUUAUUUAUUAUUUUUUCUCAAAAUUCAAAAUGUGAUUUUGAUCUAUUUGCGAUAUAGCAUAGUUAUCACUGUAUUUUUUUCUUUCAUAUUUCUAAUACUUGUUAUGAUCUUUUAUUCUUAUUAUGUUAAGAAUCUAUUGCCGAUUUAUUUGACGAUCAACUUUUCUUAGAACUAUCGAAAAUUAUUGCUGUUUUCAUAUCUGUAUGGAUAAGUAUUUUUAAAAAUAGAAAAUUAACUAAUGUUUGUUUUUUUUUUCAUCACCUUGCAAAUGAAUAAAGGAUGCUAACUGAAUAGAAUCGAUUGAAUCAUAUAAGAGUAUGUUUUUUCCCUCGUUUGUUAAUGUUAAGACAUCUUUCUAUUUAUCAUGAUGAUCAUGAUAGGAGAAAUCUUUGUGUUUCUCUCUGCAUCCACUGAUUUUGCUCAGAAGUAGACAAAUAAAUAAAUUAUGUAUCAAAGCUGAGACAGUCAUAUGAUUUGUUACUCUUUCUUCUUCCAAUCAAUGAAUACAUUGAAAUUCUAAACCCUUUUUUAUGAGUUUUGUUCGAUCUCAAGUGAUAGUGCGUGCUUUAAGUUGUGAUGAGUUCUUAUCUCUUUAGAAUAAUUUAGUGCAUCGACUAUUUAAAGUUUGUAAGAAGUUUAUUUUAACAACUGUAUCAUUUAUUUACAUGUUGAAAUGUGCAUGUUUUUCUUCAGUUCUAUUUUAUUUAUCUCCAUAUUAUUUCUAUUAAUAUUCUAAUUCGUUUUCGGUGAAUUGUUGAUUUCAUCAUCGUUUCUUUGUAUAAAUAAUGUCAUUUUUUCUCUUUCAUUCGUAGUAUGUGAUAACUAGUUUUUUCUUGAGCAAUUUAUUGUCCGUCAAGAAUUAAUAAAGAUGGUAGAUGUUUUAUCUUUCUAUUUAUUGUCUAGAGCAAAAUAGUUUUUUUUCUUUUUUUUCGUUUUUCUAUUCACAUCAACACAGAAGACAGAAGCGAAUAGCUAUAUUUCAUAUGUUUCGAAGCCAUUUUGACUUUGUUUUUGUAUUUGUCAACUCUUUCAAGUAGAACAGACACACAAAAAUGUAUGUUUAAAUAUCAUAUCUAAGUCAUCGUUCAAAAUUUGUUGUACUCAACUGAUAUUUAUACCAAGAAGGUAGAUGAUUAAUAAAAGUAUUAAACAGAAACUUUAUCCAGUUUAUUUUUCAUUAUAUUUUUAUCUUAAAUAUAUAAAACAAAAAAACGUCUAAACUUAUUUUAGCUUUAGAUUUCAUCAAGGGGGAAACAGCGGACUUCAAGACUUCAAGACUUCAAAAGACUUCAACAGACUUCAACCAUAGUGACUUCAUAUUUUCACAAGACUUCUAAAGACUUCAUAAGACUUCUAAAGACUUCAUAAGACUUCAUAGGACUGCAAGGGACUUCACAAGACUUCAUAAAUUUUCAUGGGACUUCAUAGGACUUCAAAAGACUUCGUGAGACUUCACAGACUUCGUGAGACUUCACGGACUUCAUGGAGCUUCACGGAUUUUGUGAGACUUCGUGAGACUUCACGGACUUCAUGGAACUUCACGGAUUUUGUGAGACUUCAUAGACUUUGUAGGACUUCUUGAGACUUUAUAAGACUUCGUAAGACUUCAUAAAACUUCACAAGACUUCGCCAGACUUCGCAAAACUUCAUAAGACUUCACAAGACUUCAUAAAACUUCACAAGACUUCGCUAGACUUCACAAGACUUCAAGAGGCAGAUUCCAUGCGUAUCAAAAAACCUUAUAGGAAUUACAUGAAACUUCUAUAACAUGCAAAAAACAAAACUUAUCAUAUAGAGAUUACAAAGGUGUUUCUUGUUUCUGAGAGUUGUCUCUCGCAGUAUAUCCAUAUCUAGAAUAAAGAUAUGGCAAUGACACAAAGCGUUGAUGAAAUUAAAACAGAGAAGAUAAACUUUACUGGUACGUGUUUAUUUGAUUCGAUUAAUCCAGCAUUGAAAAACUCCUAUUUUCAGGUGCAAAUAAAUGACAAGACUAAAUCUAUACACAAGCAAACGGCUUGUUGGUUAUUGACCGAUAAAGCUAGCCGUUUAUCGGCUGAUAGAUUAUCACGAGUGAUAGAAACAAACAAAAAGGAAUAAAAUUCUUCAUAAGACUGACAUGGAAUAGAUGGCAUAUUUCUUAUAAAAAUAAAUCACUUCAUUCAAAAAGCAUUCAGUUAUUAACUAUUAUGUUUUCUAAGAUCCGACAAACUUGAAUUUUUUUUCAGCACAUUGAAAAGAAAACAAUAAAAGGUUCACCUUUCUGCUAAGAUAUGACCGUCGAAAACAAGACAAUUUCAUUGGUUUCUUAUGAAUUUUCAUGCACUAAAUGUAUUUCAAAAUUUCCAGAAGAAUUCGUGAGACUUCAUUAGACUUCAAGAGACUUCAUGAGACUUCAUAAGUCUUCAUGAGGCUUUAUUAGACUUCACGAGACUUCAUAAGACUUUAUGAGACUUCAGAGACUUCAAGAGACUUUAUGAAAAUUCAUGAGACUUCAUAAGACUUCAAGAGACUUCAGAACACUCCGAAAGACUUUCAAAACUUCAUGAGACUUCAUGGCUGAAGUCUCUGCUGUUUCCCCCUUGGAUUUCAUAAGAACAUAAAAGGACAAAAAUGAAUCACACGAUCCUCUCAUCGUAAGAAAAAAUUGAGUAGAAAAUAAAAUCGAUAAAAAGAUUUUCGCAUGUUUUCUAAUAAUGUAUUUUCUUAAUAAUGUUGUCAGUUGAGAGUAUAGGGAAUUUUUGAUCAUAGUUCAGACGUUCCAAAUAUAUAGAUUUUGUAUGUCUGUUCAACUUUUAUGUAUUCGACACAAUAGAAAAAAAUAUUCAAAAUAGCAAAAAAUCUAUAGAACAAUCUUCAUAUAUGGAGCGUGCAAUAGUUCAAUGAACCUCGUAAACGUAGAAUAAUUUUUAGUGUAUAUCUUUACAUGUUAGUAAACGUUCCAUUUUUUUUUAAUUGAAUACAUCCGUAGAGAGAACAAUAACAUAUUCUAUCGAUCUGCAUGCGUUACCUGAAAUAUAAUUUAGAUGAAUUUUCAGUUAUAUCAAUCUUGUUAUCAUCUUGUAAAAACUGACUUAUUAUAGUUGAAUUUCAAAUUCGUUUGAAUUUUUAAAAUUUGAUGCGAGUUCUUACAGAUCAAUAUCAAACUAAUAAGUCAUUUGCUACAAAAAGGUAACAACAUUGAAUUCUUCUAAGGUGUGCGUGAGCGUAGUUGCCAAUGAAGAAUAGGAACACUCAUAUCCACCCACACUCAUAUUAGCUCAAAUAUUUAGCAUCAGCAUUCUGAUAAAAUGCAAAUAACACCUGCGCAUUUUUCCAGCUUUGGAUUCUGACACUAUUCUUUAUUUUUUAGCAAAGAUUCUUGUCUCGAAUUCAUAGAAACCUUUCUAACAUUUCCAGACGAUGCUUCGUAUCAAAUCUUAUCGAAACUCUGAUAAUAUCUUACCGUUAUUCUUUUGACCUUUCUGAGUGAGCCCCUGCUUUCCAAGUCACAAAAAGGAUAUCUUCAGCUCGUGCCUGUAGAAAGCUAACUAAGUCCUUUUCUUUUCCUAUAGAGAGCGCUGAUAAGAUUAACAUUAGUCUUCUGAGUAUUUCAAAAAGUAGAAGGCGUCGGAUUUCCAAGAUCUUCGUGAAGUCCUGUCAAAUUUACUCAGAUUUGCGUGCAUACAUACCUUCUUAUGAUUUUGCUAAGAUCCUAUCAACAUAUUGAAUACUUAAGAUUCCCCAAAAACAUAAGGAUUAGGCUUGACAUUUCUGGUCCAAGGAUUCGACAUCCUUCUAACAAGAUGUAGAUAGAACCUUUUAAGGAUUUUUUCAGUUUAGGAGUUUCACAUAGUUCAUUAUUUUAUUGCUUAAAUUCUUGUCUGAUGUUCAUAUAAAUUAUUAUUCUGCAAAAGAUUCUGGAUUGAAAAUUAUGAAUCAAAUUCCCAGACUCCUAUUUUUUCCAAUCGAAAGCUUGCAUCCCAUAAGCACUGCUCAUUCUCGGAAAGCUUCCUUACACCGAUCUCUCGUUACUGUUUUCAUCUACCGCGAGGAUUCUAUAUUUUAGGAUCUACACGAUGUUGGCAAGCUCUAGAAGCGACAUAGAUGUGAGAAUUGUUAUGAAAUUCUUUUUUUUCAUAGGAAACUAGGAAAAGAUUUCGAAAUUUUUAUCUGUGGAAGGAACAUUCUCGAAGACGAAUGUCGUAUUUGUAGCUCUUACUCUCAUGGGAGAGGAGGAUCUCUUCGACAAUCACGAUGACGUUUCUUUUUCUUUUCCGUUCCUUGUAGUGAUUCCCAAUAUUCCAGUCAAUGCCCGUUGGGCACUGAUCCAGAUCGACAUUUGUGUGCCAAGUAGAGAUUGCCAACUUCACUAUGUCCCGCUCCAAUUACACACACAACUCCAGUCCUAUUUUCUGAACUCCCACUCCUAUUGGAUAUUUCUUUAUAGGCUUUCGCAUGAAACCCAGAAAUGGGCAACUCAACUCCUAUUUUCCGAAAUUCCACUCGAACUCCACUCGAACUCCACUCGAACUCCACUCGAACUCC